AGGAGAUUGUACCAUAUCCCGUAAAUGCUGCUCGUUAACGCCGAUGUUUGGUGGGGAUUAUUACAGGCGGCGUGAUGGCCAACUGUGAGUGAAUGCAGCCGCCUCAGGUGAACAAAGAGCGGGACAGAGAGUUACAACACACGCCUAAUAAUCAUCCGCUGCAACAUGGAUCUAACUUUUGUUUUAUCGGCUGUUAUAUUCACACUUCUCGCCAUCGUGGUCGCGACGUCUGUUUUUAAUGGCUCCUCUCCGACAGCCGAUUUUGUAAACUAUUUCGGACACAGAGGAGACGGGGGAUUAGACCAACCGGGGCUGAGGCAAAAUGGCUAUUUACCGGACAAGAAGAAGAAGAAGAAGGCGGAGGACGACUGGUGUCAGAUGAGCAGCAGCUCGCACGAUCACUGGGAUGUAGUGAAAUCUGUGCUCUCAGAUGAGGCACAUCCCCACCCUCACUCUGAAGAACUGCCAGCACCAGUUGAGUGCUCCUCCUCCACCUCCAGCCUGUCCGUCCCCAGGCCUGGAUGUAGACGGACGAGCUUAGAGGUAGACUCGUCGUCCGAGGCCUCGUCGGGAGCGAGCCGUAGGUCAUUUAUUGGGCUCUCUGAUAAGGAGCUCCUAAAGUGUGCUUUCUCAUACCCCCAGACUGAAGGAGCCACAGAGAGCCCGGGGAUCAACGAUAAAUUGGGAACAAAUGAUUCCUUGAAGUACGUCCCUGGAAAGGCGCGAUCCCACCACCUGCAAAUGAUGAUGUCCUCGGAGGAGCUGGAGGAGGAGCAGAGGGUGCAACGUGAGCAGCUGACUGCCAUCUUCCAGCUGCUGAAAGACAACAAGGAGACAUUUGGGGACGUGUCGGGAGACAUGGAGGAGCAGCUCAGGCUUUACUCCAUCUGA